ACUUCACACACCCGUGCAUGCCAAUUGCGACCACACCCACCAACUACGAAAUGAGCCAGUUUGCAUACGGUACGCUGCGAUGAGUGCGAACAAUCCGUUUGACAAGCCCAGCGCCGGACCCUCGUCCAGCAGUGGCGGCUCCGCUGGGCGCGCUUCUGGACGCCCGCAGUAUAUGACUGUCGGCGCUGGCUCAAGCUCAGAAAGCGCAGCGAGGCUACAGGCGCUUCUGGACGAAGACUCAGGGUAUGGAGGAAGCAUCACUGGCGAUGACACGAUGGAGAACGCGUGGCAUCCGGGUCCGACUACAGAUCGAUACACUCCUGCGCAUACUCCUGUACGGCCCGGAGAGACCAAUCCAGAGUCCGAGAAUGAGCGGCGUGCACUAGCUGCCCAUGUACACCAGCUGUUCUACAACCAGAAUCGUACCGCGCUAGGUCGUGCAAUCAAUCAGACCGUGGAGACGCUGAAGAAGCUGCAAGAGAUGAAUACCAAGUGGCCGGCGCACUAUCCUACCGUGCAGAGACCUUCUUCUCCACCGCCCUCUAGAUCGGACAAGCGACCUACUCUUUCGUAUACACAGUCGACAUUCGACAUCGAAGACCGCAGCGAGAACGCCUCUGCGAGACCACAGCUACCUCGGCGAGCAGACACAACGCUAGGGACACACCCUACGGCAGAAUCAAGUCAAGAUGCCGAGCCGAAACAGCAGCUCGCUGAGCCCAGACUGGUCACUCCGCAGCUGGCUCAGGAUUUCUCAGUGUUGAAGAUUGAACUGAAGAUGGAAGGGUUGGCUCAAUCCGAUAUCGUGCAUUCGCUAGAGAAACAGUCUGUGGCUUCACUGUUGGACAAUCAAAUAAACAAGAGCGUAAGACAUCUUUUUGCUUUACGAGAAAGGAUCGAGGACACAUCGAGCAAGGUUCUGGUAACGGGAGACUUGAACGCCGGAAAGUCGACUUUCUGCAAUGCCUUACUUCGGCGCAAGAUUCUACCCGAGGACCAGCAACCUUGCACAGCCAUUUUCUGCGAGGUGUUGGACUGCCGAGAAAAUGGAAGUAUUGAAGAAGUGCAUGCUAUACCACACGGGAUCACUUACGAUCGAAACGACGAGAGCACAUACCACGUCUUCGCUCUAAAACAACUUGAGGACGUCGUGAUCGACAGCGACAGGUAUUCGAUGUGCAAGGUCUACAUCAAGGACAUUCGGUCCGUCGAUCAAUCUCUCCUCAACAACGGCGUGGUCGAUAUAGCUUUGAUCGAUGCUCCCGGACUCAACAAUGAUUCUCUCAAGACCACAGCGCUGUUUGCAAGGCAGGAGGAGAUUGACGUAGUCGUCUUCGUCGUGUCUGCAGCCAACCACUUCACAUUAUCCGCCAAGGAAUUUAUUUUCAACGCUGCACGGGAGAAAGCAUACAUGUUCAUGGUAGUAAAUGGCUUCGAUGGUAUUCGCGACAAGAAACGUUGCCAGGAGACGGUUCUGAAGCAAAUUGCACACUUGAGUCCGGCUACAUUCAAGGAAUCUGCGGAGCUGGUUCAUUUCGUGUCGAGCAACUCUAUUCCUGUAGCGCCUGCUCCGGGCGGGCCUCCUGGAGACAACGCAGGAAGUGGCUCUGUCAAAAAAGGCAAGGGCAAAGAAAAGGACGCCAUCGACGACUUCAGUGAGCUUGAGGCUUCACUUCGUCGAUUCGUGCUUGAAAAACGUGCUCGCUCGAAGCUUGCGCCUGCGAAGACUUAUCUUAUGAACGUCCUGGGAGAUCUCGGUACCCUCGCGAGCGUCAACAAGGAUGUCGCACAAAACGAGCUGGAUAGGGUGAUCGAAGAGCUACGUCAAUUAGAGCCGGUCUUUGAGAAGUCGAAGAAGGCACGAUCGGAAGCCGAUGAAAGUGUGGCGACCAAUAUCGAGGAGACCUCCAAUGAGGUUUAUAGUCUGACAAGGAAUACAUUGAACGACUCAAUCGCGCAAGUUGCGGAAGCUGACCUUGGCGUGAGAUACCCGGGUUUCUUUGGUGCCUAUGCUUAUGCUGAGGAUCUCAAAGCGGCUAUGCUCAACCAGAUCACAGAGACCGUCAGGUGGUGUGAGGAACGAGCCCGCGAAAAGACUGUUCAUGGAGUCAGCAGCAUCAAGAGCCUCGGCCUUCUGCAUCUGGGCGAUCAAUACGUCGACUUGACCUUCCGCUCAGAGAAGAUGUUCAAGAGCCGACGUGACGCGCUAUCGCGCCAAGUGGACUUCGAGCCCGAGCUUUGGGACUUCUUCGACAUUACCAACAUGUGGGAAAGACAGGAGAAGGUUGCUGGCACAAGCAUGGCUGUGACAGUGGCUGGUGUCGUUGGUGGUCGAAUGCUUGGUGGCGUGGGCUGGCUCGAUGGCGCAUUAACAGCGACAAGAGUCGUGGGUGCGAACAACCUCCGGAGAGCUUUUGUGCCAGGUAUGAUCUUGGCCGUUGCCCUUGGUGUGUCGUAUGCGAUAUCACAAAUUCCGCAGUCGCUGCCGCGACGUCUGAGCGCCAAACUUGCUGCACAGCUUGCGGCUUUGGACUACACGCACUCGAACUCUCUUCGCAUAAGCUCGGAAGUGCGACGAGCACUCAAAUAUCCUGCCGAUAAACUUCGCGAAGGUCUGCAGCGCAACAUGGAGCAUCUUCAGGAGAAGAAGCGCGAAACGGUCAAGAUCCAAAGCGAGAACGAGGUGGCCAGGAAAUACUUCGGCAAUCUUGUGCGGGAGAGCAACGACAUCCGCAGUAGAGUGGAACGGGUAGACCUCGAAGGUCCUGCUCCUGGCAUCGCUGCCAGUUACGAUAUGUGAAUGAGUUCUUUUCCUUGAGUAAGCAGGGAAGCAUGAGAUGGCGUUUAAAAUGGGCGCUGAACUUGGGCAGAGAGUCGAGACCCGAGACACACAGAUUAUGAAGAUAUCCACUUGGCGGCUCUGGCGAAUUGCAUAUAGACGUACUCUUCUCAGCUACGUAGUUUCAGAACUCAGACAUCGUAAUCAUCCGU